AGAGGUGUGCUUCGGGCAAGCAGUUGGCAGACAUUCUUAGCAGCAGAGAGAGUGGUGUGCAGCAGUAACUUUGGGACUUGGGGAGAUAGAUAUUAGGGGUAAAGAGCUAAGGGUGGGAAGAAGGAAGAUCGAGAGAGGUAGAGAGAGAGGGAGAGGUGACAAAAAGCUACUUGGGGAGUUGUUUUGUUGGUUUGUGGUUGAAGAGUCGGGCUUCUGUCGCUCUCUUUUUCCCUCCCUGGUUGGUUUUUGGCAGUUGGGGUUUUAUCCAAAGAUCUUUUUUGGUGGUUGGGGUUUUGGUUGGUUGGAGAGACAUGGAGAGGAGCGGCCAUCACCACCACCAGUACGUUGGAGGACAGGGGAAGAAGGGUCAGGGAAGGAGCACCAGCUCCAUCUCGGAACUCUUUGGCGACAGAGAUUCCCCUGCUGCUUCUGCCGGCAGAAGUGGCGUGUUCCAAUCUGUGUUUUCCACUUCCUCCUCGUCGUCAUCACAGUGGUCCUCCGCCAAGGGAGGUGGGAGCUCUCAUUUCGAGUCAUCAUCUAGGUCCAAAUACGGCUCUGGUGAGACCAAGAACCAGAAGUUCGAGCAGUUGGAGGAAGUAGAGCCCUUCUUUCUGAGUUCAUCUUUGUACUACGGUGGUCAGGACAUGUGCGUUAGAGCACCAACAUCGCACGCCUCUGGGACUUCUAACAUUUUUCCAAAAAAUGGUGGUGAAGAUGACCCAAAUUCUAACUCAAACGGUGCUUCAAGGGGAAAUUGGUGGCAAGGUUCGCUGUAUUACUGAACCGUAUGCCUUACAAAAUUUUGGGAGGCAAGCUCUGUGAAGGGAAACUUUCUCUUGUUGGUUGGAGCCUUAUUUUUGCAGAAGUAAAAAGAUAUCUGCUGAAAGAUUUUUUUUUUUUUUCUUUUUGCCUUGCAGAAAUUUUUAAACCAAAACCUUUCAAUAAGAAAAUGUGCUCCUUUUACUUGUUAGAAAUGGUAAGAAAAUUUUAACAGAGCAAGUUGGACACGACAAGAUAGGACAGUCGAAACUUCUGAUAGGAAAACUUCCUAGCUCCGGAAAUCUUGCCAGCAAAAGGUGGCAGGUUUUAGAAAAUUCCUGCAUUCGCCAGUUUGGAAUCACCAAAGAAGUUUGACCUUUUUCUCUUUCCUACUCCCACUUUUGGUUCCAGUACUCCACUUCCAAACUUUAUUGAAGCAUCAAGUCUUAGCUACAGUCCUUGAACUUUUAUCAUUUGAUA